UUACAUUUUAAUGGGAAGAAAAAUAAGUAAGCAAGCUACUACUGGGCAGCAUUUGUAUUUUAAUGAAGUGGAAAGAGUGCUGGGCAUCACGAGCCAGGCCCGGGAACCUGCCCACCUGGUGGUUCUGAGUAUGAACUGAUGUGAUGCAGGUGGGCCUUGAGCCAGGAUGGCUGAACCCCGCCAGGACUUCACCGUGAUGGAUGAUCAUGCUGGGACGUACGGGACGGGGGAGAGGAAAGACCUCCCCUCUCAGGGGAGCUACACCCUAAUGCAAGACCACGAGGGUGACGUGGACCAGGGCUUGAAAGAGUCUCCCCUGCAGACCCCCGCUGAUGAUGGAUCUGAGGAACCGGGCUCUGAAACCUCGGAUGCUAAGAGCACGCCGACGGCAGAAGACGCGACAGCACCCUUAGUGGAUGAGGGAGCCCCCGGCGAGCAGGCGGCCGCUCAGCCCCACACGGAGAUCCCAGAAGGAACCACAGCUGAAGAAGCAGGCAUUGGAGACACCCCCAACCUGGAAGACCAAGCCGCCGGACAUGUGACUCAAGUUUCCACAGAGAUCGAGGCCUCAGAGCCCCCCAGGCCCGGUGCAGGGCCCACGGCGGAAGGGCAGGACACGCCCCCCGGGUUCACCUUCCACGUGGAAAUCAAAGCCAACGUGCAGAAGGAACAGGCACGUUCAGAGGUGGAUUUGGAAGGGGCUGCACUUCCCGGCCCCCCUGGAGAGGAGCAAGAGCCCCAGGGCCCUUCUGAGGGAGAGGACACAAAAAAGUCGGACCUUCCAGAACCGUCCGAAAAGCAGCCUGCAGCUGUUCUGCCAGGGAAGCCCAUCAGCCGGGUGCCUCAACUCAAAGCUCGCAUGGUCAGUAAAGGCAGAGAUGGGACGGGAGCUGAUGACAAAAAAGCCAAGACAUCCACACCUUCCUCUGCUAAAACCCUGAAAAAUAGGCCUUGCCUUAGCCCCAAACGCCCCACUCCUGGUAGCUCAGACCCUUUGAUCAAACCCUCCAGCCCUGCCGUGUGCCCAGAGUCAUCUUCCUCUCCUAAACACGUCUCUUCUGUCACACCCCGAACUGGCAGUUCUGGAGCAAAGGAGAUGAAAGUCAAGGGGGCGGACGGUAAAGCUGGAACGAAGAUCGCCACACCCCGGGGAGCGGCCCCUCCAGGCCAGAAAGGCCAGGCCAAUGCCACCAGGAUUCCAGCGAAAACCACGCCCUCCCCAAAGACCCCACCGGGCACCGCUACCAAGCAAGUGCAGAGAAAACCACCCCCUGCAGGGGCAAAAUCUGAGCGAGGUGACUCUGGGAAAUCUGGGGAUCGCAGCGGCUACAGCAGCCCCGGCUCCCCGGGCACCCCCGGCAGCCGCUCCCGCACCCCGUCCCUGCCGACCCCGCCGACCCGGGAGCCCAAGAAGGUGGCGGUGGUCCGCACUCCACCCAAGUCGCCAUCUUCAGCCAAGAGCCGCCUGCAGACGGCCCCCGUCCCCAUGCCAGACCUGAAGAAUGUCAGAUCCAAGAUCGGCUCCACCGAAAACCUGAAGCACCAGCCAGGAGGCGGGAAGGUGCAGAUAAUUAAUAAGAAGCUGGAUCUUAGCAACGUCCAGUCCAAGUGUGGCUCAAAGGAUAAUAUCAAACACGUGCCAGGAGGCGGCAGUGUGCAAAUAGUGUACAAACCAGUGGACCUGAGCAAGGUGACCUCCAAGUGUGGCUCGCUAGGCAACAUCCAUCAUAAGCCAGGAGGCGGCCAGGUGGAGGUAAAAUCUGAGAAGCUGGACUUCAAGGACAGAGUCCAGUCGAAGAUCGGGUCCCUGGAUAACAUCACCCACGUCCCUGGUGGAGGGAAUAAAAAGAUCGAAACCCACAAGCUGACCUUCCGCGAGAACGCCAAAGCCAAGACAGACCACGGGGCGGAGAUCGUGUACAAGUCGCCCGUGGUGUCCGGGGACACGUCUCCGCGGCACCUCAGCAACGUGUCCUCCACGGGCAGCAUCGACAUGGUAGACUCGCCCCAGCUCGCCACGCUAGCCGACGAAGUGUCCGCCUCCCUGGCCAAGCAGGGUUUGUGAUCAGGCCCCCGGGGCGGUCAAUAAUCGUGGAGAGAAGAGAGAGAGUGUGGAAAAAAAAAGAAUAAUGAUCUGGCCCUUCGCCCUCUGCCCUCCCCCAGCUGCUCCUCACAGAUCGGUUAAUCGGUUAAUCACUUUAACCUGCUUUUGUCGCUCGGCCCCGGCUCGGGACUUCAAAAUCAGUGACGGGAAAAAGAGCAAAUUCCAGCUUUCCAAAUUGAUGGGUGGGCUGGCGAUAAUAAAAUAUUUUUAAAAACAUUUAAAAAGACGACCACACCCACCAUUUCCUUGGGCAAUUACUUUUGAUUCUUUUUUUUUCCCCCUCCGCCUAGAAGAGGGAGGAGAGGCUCUGCGAGCUGCUUCUGGGGAAUCUCAAGGGACUGCGGGCGCCCCUACUCUGCCCUGUCCUGGGGGUGUCACAGAGGCAGCGGCAGCAGCAACGGAUUUGAAACCGGGUGCCGUGUGGGAGCCGCGGGGGCGGAUGUCAACUUUGUGGUGGGGGUUGGGGGAGGAGCCCGGGAGAGGCUGAGGCAGGGGAAGGGGGGGAGGGAGAGGGCAGAAGGGACAGUGUGGGAGUGGGUGAUGGGGGGGGCGGGGAGCCACUGCUCUCUGCCUGGAAGGACAGUGGGAAGGGCAGACCGCCUCGGCCGCCCACAGCUCGCUGGCGCCAGGCGGCCUCCCUGUGCUCGGUGGCCCGGGGUCCGCCGCGGGGCCCGUGUGCCACCGUCCCCGCGGGCGGCCCGUGGGAGAAAGGCUCCGGUUGGCGGGAGGAGGUGGUCGGUUGGCGGGAGGGGGGCACCCUGUGGAUCGCUUCCUCGGAGAAGACUGACCUUGACAUCCCGAGCGCUGGCCUCUUUCUCCCUCCCCGCAGGGUGGGGGCCCCACGGAAACCCUGUUUUAUUGAGUUCUGAAGGUUGGAACUGCAGCCACGAUUUUGGCCACCUCACAGUUCUGGGACUUUAGGGCUAAACCAGUUCUCUUUGUAAGGACUCGUGCCUCUUGGGGGCAUCCGCCUGUUCCCAAGCCUGGGCCUCUGGCAUCCCUGGAGCCUGCUGGGGUCUGGGAGGUGGGUCCUGAGCCUCCUGUCCCUCCCGUGGCCACUGCAGCCACCUGUCCUCCCUCCCCCCCCACCAUGCCCAUGUGUCUGCUGUGCGGAGCCCAGUCACUGCCUGUCCCCCUCAUGAUGUCACACUGUCCCGAGUUCCCAGCCUCACCACGCCCCUUUCUCAGCACCGGACGUUGUUCAGACGCAGGAGGCACCUGCUCUCAAAUAAAGGGGUGUCUGAGCGAAGGCAAAACCCAGGCACAAGGUGAGAUCUCGGUCCCUUGGUUUAAGUUAUAACUCACCCAACCGGUGUGUCCCCUCACAAUGAACCUGCUGACCGUACUCCGUCCCUUACCCCCCACCUCUCCUCGCAGACGUGAGCCAGGGUGGGCUCAGCAAUGACCCGGGAUGUUUUGGCCUUGUUUCUACUUGGAGAGCCUUUUCCUCCCAGAAGGCCUGGUCCCCUUCCUGAGUUGAACUGGCAGCAGGUUGGCCGUCCUGGGUCCAGAGGCGGCAGCAGGUCAGGCAGGCAAGGCCCCUGGGGCAGGGCCACACUCUGUGUCCCGUUUCCACCCGAGCUUGUGCCUGCCAGCCUCUCCGAGGGCCCCGCCAGCGCUCAGCCCUGCAUACCCUGGGAGGGGAGCACGCCCCCUCGGAAAUGGUUCUUCCCCCCACCCCCCCACCCCCCCCACCCCCACCCCCCGUCCCAGCUGGAAGCAGUGCUGUCUGUCCUGCUGGAGCAGCUGAACAUAUACAUAGACGUCACCUUUCCCUCCCCGUCUGCACCCUGUCGCGUUGUAGUCUGAUUUGUCUGUUUAUGCUUGGAUUCACCAGAGUGACUUUGAUAAUGAAAAGGUUAAAAAAAAAAAAAAAAAAGGACGCAUGUAUCUUGAAAUGCUUGUGAAGAGGUUUCUAACCCACCCCACGGGGGUCCUAGAUGUCUCUCCCUCCCACACGGGGGGCUUGGCUCCGGGUGGCCGGUGUGGCUCUACCCGGUCACAACCUCCUGAUCUGAAAGGCUUCCGGGGCAUCUGGGACCAGGUUCUGACAUUGGAGAACCUUCAGCUUGGAGGAAGGCCCAGAGCACAGGACUGGGACAGGAUCCUGGGGCAGAAGCUACGGCGCCCCCUUGCCGCCCCGCUGGGACUUCCCUUCGUUGGGGCAGAGAGAGGUGGAUCUUGUGGCCGGCCUGGUCUGCAGCGAGGAGAUGGCCCUCUCCGGUCACAGCCAGAAGCCCCCAGCAGCCACGAGGGUCUUACGACACCCUGUGUCACAAGAGAAAGGAACCCGGGACCAGCCGGGGAGAGGCCUGGGGUCCCACUGCAAGCUGUCCCCCUGGAAGGGCAGCCCCAGCCUCCCCACCAAGCGCCCUCCAGCCACAGCAGGGCUUGGAUGGACUGGCCGCCCCGGAUGAGCCCCGGGGGCCCGCGCUGCCUGACUGCAGCAGGGUGACAAGUCAGGAGACGCCGUCCCCAGAGCCUUGGUGGGGGCCCCCGCUGACCUUGCACAAGCCCCGUCUGCUGCCACGGGGAGAGGAGACAGCCUUUGUGGAAAAUCGCCAUUUUAAAGAAAUUCAGCGACCUCGGGCCCAGUUCUGCCACUUCCGGUUUGGGCACCGUUUAAGGCACCCCUGCGGACUGGUGGGCGUCCAGGGCCGCCUCUCUAGGGCUGGCGGCUUCAUUUGCAGCUGGAGCUUUCCGUGCAAGGAGUCAUCUGGGCCCAGAACUAACCCGCCGUGAGGCUCUCUGCCGCUUGGAGUCCCAGCUGCUCUUAGAAGGGUUCUGAGGAAGGGAAGGGAAGUGUGGUUCGGAGUUGGUAGCUCUUAGAGACGCGGCCCCGCAGCGUUGCCACGGACUCCGGCUGCGCCUCUGUCUGCUCUUGCUCUAUCUUAUCCUGAGGGCCUUGCUCAGAGGGCUCCGGGAUCUCCCUCGUCGGGGAGGGGGGCGGGGUGGGGACUGCUGGGGUCGGCCUAGAGAUCAUGGUCUAGGGUGACCAGGUCAGUGAGGCAGGGAGAUUGCAAAGGGAUGCUGGCUUGUGACCUUCAAUGAGGACAAUCCCCCCCUCCCCCCGCCACCACCAGGCUGGGCACUCUCGACCACCCCCGUUCCCCCCACGUCCGGUCCGCGUCCCCUGGGUGGGCUGUGCUGUGCACCUGGUUCCUUCAAGCUCUCCACUCACUUAUCCGUAGUUCUAUUUAAACGGACUUCAACGCGGAGACUGUAUCCUGCUUGCGAUUGCUUGUCGUGCUUCUGGGGGGAGGGGGGAGGAACCUGUAAGAUAGUUACCAUGGGCAGAGGGAAGUCUUGGAGGGCAGCAACCACCGAGUAACCCUUUUCUUCGGACCACCCACGUUUGCUAGAGGUCCCUGGGGUCCCGCCAGCCGGCCCCGUCUCCUUCCCCGCCAGGGGCAGGCAGGGAGGCUUGGGGAGGAGUCUGGAGACAGAGCUGCCCCCUCACGGGGGUCCCCGGGCCCACAGCCCCGCCCACCGCAGACCCUGGCAUCCUUCCAUCUAUCUAAGCCGCCGGAGCCUCCGCGCCACCUUUCCCACCUGCUGCUGCGGACGUGCAGCCUGUGCUAGCGGCUGCUGAGCGCUCUUCCUUCUUCCUUCCCCCCUCUUUUGUCUUUGUCCCCAAGUCAGGCCGUCGGGUGGGGAUGAGGGUGGAGGUGGAGGUGGAGGUGGUCAGCUCCUCGCACCUGCAGACCUGUGGCUUCGAGACUUCUGCUUUCUCUUCAGCUCUGAAAAGGGUUACCCUGGGCACCGGCCCAGAGUCCCCCCUCCUAAUGGACUUAGCCCCGUGAAUUUGCAGUGUUGGGCAGGACAAUCUCUGGCACUCGCAAGUCCCAUGAUUUCUUUGGUAAUUUUGAGGGUGGGGGGAGGGACAUGAAACCAUCUUAGCUUAGCUUCCUGUCUGUGAACGUCCAUAUGGUGUAUUGUGUGUUUUAACAAACGAUUUACACUGAUUGUUGCUGUAAAAGUGAAUUUGGAAAUAAAGUUAUUACUGAUUAA